AUGCGUGGUCGUGUUACAUUUCUUCCUAAUAUCAAAAUUCCGACUGAAUCUGGUGCUAGAUUAACUGUUGCAUUACAAGAUACAUCACUUGCUGAUGCUCCAGCAAAAACUAUUGCAAGAUCAAUUAGCAAAGCAGUUCGAUUUCCAAUGACAUUUACUAUUAAAUAUUCACGUUCACAAGUUUCAGAAGGACGUACCUAUUCACUUAGUGCGACUGUUAGAGAUAAAAAUAACGAAUUGCUAUACAUCAAUGAUGCACAUAUUAGAGUAAUACCCGUAGGUCCUCGUCGUACUAAGUUCAUUGAUGUACCUGUUAUACGUGUUAAACAAACAAAUCCUGUAGUAAACAAAGAACGAUGGCCUGAGUUAGUUGGUAAGAAUGGUCGAGAAGCAAUUAAACUAGGUUUUACAAACGUUUUGAUAGUCAAAGAAGGAUCACCGAUUACAUUAGAUUAUCGAACGGAUCGUGUUCGUGUUUUUGUUAAUGAUAAAGGCAUUGUUGUAAGUGUUCCAACAAUUGGUUGA